AAACCUUUGAGUCUCUGAUGAAGGCAUCAGAGAACCACACCAACCUGCUCCUCCAGGCGUCGUACCGUAACAUGGCUGGGGAGGCGUCAGGUCUGGUGAGAGAGUUGUUCACUGACGUCGGCCUCUUCCUCCUUGGCUCCGAACUCAACGUCGAUGACAUCACCAGCCGCUUCUUCGACGCUCUCUUCCCAUUGGUCUACAACCACCUCAUCAACCCCGGCGUCAGCCGCAUCACCCCCGGUUACGCCGAGUGCGUCCGCUCCGCCCGCCGCGAUUUGACCCCGUUCGGCGCCGCUCCAGGAGUCCUAGCCGAUCAGAUCGGGAGGUCGGGGGUCGGGGGUCGUGUGCUGUUACAGGCUCUGCACCUCGGCAUAGAGGUGAUCAACACCACGGAUCACCUGGCGUUUAGCAGGGAGUGUCGUAGAGCUCUGCUCAGGAUGCAGUACUGCCCCCACUGCCACGGACUCACCCUGUCUCAGCCCUGUAUGGGCUACUGUCUCAACGUGAUGCGCGGCUGUCUGGCUAGCGCGGCUGAGGUGGACCCCCAUUGGAGAGAAUUCGUGAGGUCGUUAGAGGGGCUGUCGGCCCGCAUGCACGGAACUCAGGACCUGGAGCAAGUGCUGCUGGGAGUUCACGACGUCGUCCACGAUGCUGUCGCACAUGCUCAGAAGAACGGGCCACACCUCUCUGCACAGGUGUAUAAAGUAUGUGGUCACCCCAGUAGACAGCCUGCCCAGUCAGUCAGUGGCCAGCAGGACGGUGCUAGAGAGUCCAUCCCUCUCAAAGCCUCCAUCAGAGAAACAGGAAACACCCUGGCUACCAGGAGGAAAGAGUUCCUGAACAGUCUACGUUUGUACCGUACCUUCUACGGUGGCCUGGCGGAUCAGCUGUGUGUGAGCCAGCUCGCCUCCGCCGAUGGACUGGCCUGCUGGAACGGCGCUGACGUCGUCAAGAG